AUGGAUUUUUUCAGACUCCCAGCUUCAUGUAUUCAGGAAUUUUAAAGAGCAGAUUCCCAGAGAAGCUGGUCUGGGCUGAAAACUGACAUUUUAACCAUCAUCUGCAGUGGCUGGUGUGUCCAUCGAGGCCUGUGGUCUCUCUUAGCUUUGGGUUGUGAGUAAAAGUCUGAAGAUUAAAGUUAUUUUUGGUCCAUUUUUAUCCCGGUUGAGGAGAAUUGAUUUUUCUGAUUUGCUUUUAAACAUAGGGAAUGUGAUUGGGAAGCACAGAACAAUACUCUUGCAGUGGGAAGGAAGGUGGAUAAUGGAGUGAUGUGAACCACGUCUUUCAUGGUUAACAUCUGUUCAGGAUCUAUUUAAACUGUUGUGAGGGGGAGUCUCUGGUUCAGUGUCAGCAUCCUUCCUCUUUCAGAAAACUGAGCUCACGGUUAACAUCCUCAUGAACACCUAAAAUACCCUGGGAAGAUAAGAGGUAAAAGAGAGACUUGGAAUUAUUGUGAUAAAAUGCAAGGACUGAAAGACAACUGCAGGCCCUUGGCAUCCUCCAGGGGAAGAAAAAGAAAGGUGGAACAUGGAGCUGGAGAGCAGCUCUGUGUGAGCUGUGCAGCGAGGGCUGUGCAGCCACAACUGCAGCCUUGUUGGAGAUUAAUCCAGUUAGUGACCCGAAGGGAAACACAGAAACAAUAUGAUCAGCUCAGCAGUUCUAAAAUAAUUUCAGUCUCUAUUAUGUCAUCUGCUUUAAAUACCAAUUGUUUGUUGCUGGGUCUGUUGCCCAUCAGAACUAUUAUCAAGAACUAUUUGCCAUUUGUUCUUUCCUGUCCUCUUAGCAAUAACUUCCUCUCUUUGCAUUUCUUUUACCUAAGAGCUGGACAUCUGUCUUCCUCCUGGUUGUGACAAACACUCUCAGGGCUCUUCUUCCCAGCUCUGUGCUCAGCUGAAAGCCGGGGAUGUUGCUGGGCUUUUCCUUUCCAUCAGCAUCACAAAGCUGCUGCGGCCCUGGGCAGGCAGAUGUGUGGAUGGGCUGGAAUGCAGACAGCUGUGGCUCCAGGAGAUUGAUUGGAACUGGAUUCUGAGAGCUCCGUGAAGGGGGAUGUUAACAGAAAAACACCAGUUCCAGAGUGGCUGGUAAAAGUUACUUACUUACCUGGGAAGUGGGAAGUGACAAGGAAAAUCUCCCUUACUUGUACACUUCAGGUAUUUGAGGCUGAAUUUGAUGAAAUGCCAGUAACUGCUGGAGGAGGUUCCUUGGGACGGGCUCUUCUCCUGCAGUGUUAGUCAUUGGUGGGAGAUCAUUGAUUACCAACUGUGUAAAGCAGUUGUUGGGUUAUCCUUGGGGAGUGAGGAGAUGGUGGAAGAGGUGGCUCCAGAGCAAUUGGUGCCUUUGCUGCUCAGGAUGGGACACUGCCAGUGCAAAAACCCCUCUGUAUCUGAACUCUGGCAGGUUUUUGUUUGGUUCCCCCCCCUCCACGUUGAAUAUUCCAUGAUGAUCAUUUGAAAGUGGAAUUUUGAAUUUUGCACUUCAGUUUUCAGUGCUUGGGGUGUCUGUAGUUUCAAUGAGCUUUGCUUUGGAGGAGCAUUGAGGCUGAGCUGGCUGGGUCACACCUCCACAGGACUGAGCCAGGUAAUACCUCAGUGCUGGAGAAAGGAACCUCUCCCAUCACACACCAGUCCCGGGCACUGAAGGGGAGCACUCAGCCCUGUGAGCACUUGUCUUGCUUUAAAAGGCAUGAGUUGGCUUGUGCAGAAUUAGACAUAAAAGUUUUCAUGCCAAUUUUUAGGGAUUGCAAGAGUUUCAGGAAUAAUGAGAUCCAAUUUGAGGCAUCUGAUUUUUAACUGGUUUAUAGAGAUAGAUUUGGGUAUUUGCAAGUUGUCAUGGUUCUAACAGGGCUUUUUUUGGAAGCAGAGAAGCCAAACAACCACUUACAUUGAAGGGCAGAGUGUCUCAGAUUAGACACCCUGGAAAUGCUGAUGUAUUUGUGCACCUUGAGCAGGGAGCAGCAGGAGCCAGAGGGGAGGGCAGGCUCUGUGCAGAGCCGAGUCUGGCAGUGCUGCUGCCCCUGUGCUCUGCUCUGCAGCCCCACUGAUCCCACAACAGGUUUGGGGUUUGCAGCUCACAGAGAGGCACAAGCCAGAGCCUCUCCUGGUGCCCAGCUUACAUAACAGCACUUGCAUAAGCCCCAGCGUGGUCAGGGUCUCUCUCCACACCACAUUAAGGCUCUCUGGGGUUCUGUGUCACAUUCACGCUCUGCUUGGAAUUGACUUCAGUUCAUCACAAAUUCAAGUUCCUUCUACAUGAAGUGUGUGACCAAGAGCCAGUGAGGCUACAAGGGCUGUCCCUUCAGCCUGGAGUUCCCACUGCCUGCAGUACAGCAUCCAUUUGAUUUCCAGCCCAGUCUGCUGAAUUAUUUGCAGAAUCCCUUUUUCUUCUCGCAGACCAGGUAGUUCAGUCCUGACCCUCUGCCAGGGAGGUGAUCUCUCUUCUCUAGGACAUUGUUCCUUUGCUGGAGAGUCUCAGAGAAGCCAGUCUGAACUUGGGAGAACUGAGGUCUUGGCAAGGAGGAGAGGCUGGCAGUUAGACACUGGGGGAGGUUUUUUUCCCUCCAGAAUUUUCUUUCCAAGGUGAGUACUCUUAAUUGCAGGUGGGUGGAAUCCAAGCCCCGCAGGCCGUUUGGUCACCAGGCAGUGACUUCACUUUGGGCUGGGCUUCCCCCGCUCUCCAGCUCUGUAAAAGACUGAGCAGAUACCAUGAAGAGCAAAAGAUAAAGCAGAGGGGGCUGAUUUGCUUCAUUUUUUAACUUGCACAACCCGAAACUACAGCAGCAUUUGCCAGCAGAGUUAAAAGGCUCAGGAUGCUGAAAACUCUGUUGGUGCUGGUGGGAUUCACGUUUGCAGAGGGACACUGAGGCUGGAGGGUGGGAUUCACCCUUCCUGAGGCAGGCCACUGGAGCAGGACAGAGGAGUCACAGCCCAGAGCCUCCUCUCCUGCCCCUGUGCUGCGAGGGAGGCUGAGCCCAGGCAUCCACAUCUCAGUCAUUCACAGGAGAGGGUUUCCACAGAGGAAGACAUCCCCGCUUCUUUUCCAGCAGCUCAGGCUCCCCAGUCUGGUGCUGGCACCGGGUUUGGCAGCCCCAGCUCCUUUGUUCAGAAGGAAAAGUGCUGGGUUUGGAAGCGUCGGGGCUCAGGUGUGUUCCUGCCGGGGGCGGCUGGAUCUGGCUGUGAGGAGCGAGCCCAGCGCUGCCCAACGCUGCCGAGGAAGGGUCAGUGCUCCCGAGAUGUGCCUGGCUGAGCCCGGCAGGGCUGCCCCGUCCCAGGGCAGGUAAUUGAGGCCGUGGAGGGAACGGAGCUGCCCAGCAGAUGCCGAGGGCUCCAGGAGCCCAGUCCCGGGGCAGGACCCCGUCACUCCCCACGGCGCGAUUACUGCGCCUGGGGAUUUGGUGGGAAGUGGCCAAUGAGGGGCCAGGCUGGCUCCAAAUCCAGCUUUUUCCAAAGCCCCAGAUCAAACAGACUGCCAUUAAUAAGGCAAGAAAGGUUAGGACGAGCAGCAUUACAGCAGAUCUGGAGAGGUCAAACAAACCACUUCUGUCAGCUCCUCUUAUUCCUAGAGGGACACUCCUAGAAAAAUCUAAGGAAAACCUGAGUGCCGUUGGCUGAAAUGGAUGUGGUGCAGCUCUCCAUGAAGGAGGUGGGCGACGGGCUGCACGAGCAGAUGAACUGCAUGAUGGGCGCCCUGCAGGAGCUGAAGCUGCUCCAGGUGCAGACAGCCCUGGAGCACUUGGACAUCUCGGGGCGCCGGAGCCCCGCGGAGCAGCGCCGGUGCUGCCGGAGCAGCGGGGCCGGGCAGGACAUGCAGCUGGGGCAGGCACAGGGACAUUGCCCCCCGGCCCUGGCGUGUCCUGUGCCACGGCCAGCGGGUUUGUCCCAUCCCACUGCAUUCCCAGAGAGUGACCACCCUCGAGACACCCCCUCCUCCUCCCAGAGCCUCUGCGGGGAGGACCUUUGUCCCCCAAAAGGACCUUCCUCCGUGUCCAGCAGAGUGGAGCACGUCCGGCCGCGGACAUUCGAGUCCAGCAGCCAGGGCACAGCUGGGGGGUGGCUGCUGUGCCAGGAGUGCCCGGGGUGUGAUGACGGCCACGACUGGACAUCGUCCCUGAUGUCCCAGAGCAGGAACCGGCAGCCGCUGGUCCUGGGGGACAACAUCUUUGCAGACUUGGUGGGGAACUGGCUGGACCUGCCCGAGCUGGAUAAGAAAGGGGAGAAGAGCGAGGCGUCCCUGUCCAUGAGCAAAUCCCAGGAGCUCUGCAGGAAGUUCUCCCUCACAGCCAACAUCUUCAAGAAGUUCCUGAGGAGCGUCCGGCCGGACCGAGACAGGCUGCUCAAGGAGAAACCUUGCUGGCUUCCUCCUGAGGACAAACGGCCCGAGAUUUCCAAGAGGUCCAAAAAGAUCAACAAACUCAAGGGGACAUUUUACUUCCCCCUUCAUGGGAACCUGCAGAACCAUCACAGCAAAGCAGAGAGGUGCCCCAGGGCAGAAAGCUGUAGUGAGCACCCCAAAAUCGGCACCAAGAAAGUCCACGAUUCCAGAGACUACAGCCAGGCGGGGUUUGACAUCAACACGGCCGUGUGGGUCUGAGCCUGUCCUCUGCUCUGCCCAGCGUUUCCACACCCACCAGCAGCUGGAGGCCACACUCACCUUUUUGGGAGACUCCUGAUCUCUCCACAGGGACAGGAGAGGAGUCCUGCAGAACACGCUGCAGGCUUCACUCUCCUGCACAUGGAAUUUUCUGGAGAACUACGGCUUCGGGGACUGCCUGAGCAGCAGCUGACACAGCCCCACGUGGGGAGACCUUUGGGGACCGGUAUUUGCAAAAAUAAUCCGAAUCUUUAGCAGCUCUAGGAUGAGUGGUGCCACAGGUGAGCAGCUCCUGGUGCCAGGCCCAUUCCAUCAUCUCCAGUUCCAUGGCUGCAGCACAAAACCCACGCUGUGCAUGUGUGUGUAUGAGUGUGCAGAUAUAUAUAGAGAGAGAGUUGUUUUAAAAAAAUCUAUUCCUGCUUGUGUGCACUUGAAACUGGGUUAUACACCAGGCAUCCCAAGCCUUGUACCUGAAGCACUUGUUAUUUAAGUGGAAAGAAAUGUUUGAAUUUAUAAGACUUGAACAAUUGCUGAGUGGGGGGCAAACCCCCAACUUUGGGGGGGUCUCCCCUUAAACUGCAUCCCUGGUGCCCUCCCAGCAGCUCUCCCUCCCCUGCCAGUUAAACCAGUGGGGCACAAGGCUUCUUGCAGGGGGUUUGUGACCUGGGGGUCUCGGUGGGUUUGCCCCUCUCGCCUCCCCUUGUCCCUACAGAUCGCUCCAGAUAAAUCACUGCAGAAGUUUAUUGUUGGGUUUUCACCCAGAUGCAAAGUUCCAUCCCCUGUUUAUUGUUGUGUUCCCUGUUGCUGUUGUGUACAAACCUCCUCUUGACAGAACCAAGUUCUUCAGUGUCCAACUCUCCAAGAGUUUCCAAUAAAGUGGAAUCGGUCUCA